CUUACAUCUUACAUCAUUCCAGGCACAAACCACACAGUCCCUGGUGCCACGGUUGCCUACUCUGAGCCACUUCACCGAUCCGUCAGUGAAAUUACAGAAGAAGAGCAGGCGAUUUGUACACGGAAGCAGGAACAGGACAUCCUCCAACCUGUCGACCUGUGUUUGUCAACGCGGAUUGUGGCGUACAGGAGACACAGAUUCAAUAUAUUUGGUUUGUGUUUUCAUUGUUGUGCGGACACAAUGAGGACGGCUUUUCUGCUACUCACAGUGUUUCUGUGUUGCUGCUUGGUCAGAGCGGCUCCAAUACAAAAACUAGAUCAGCCAGAAAACAAUGAAAAAUCAUCAGCAGGAUCCAGUGAAGUUGGGAAGAACCAAACUUUAACUGGUACUAAUGGAGCGAAAGAUGUCCACAUCACUGACAAUGCAGCAAAGGAUGAACAAGCAGAGACAACUGAUGAUAAGUCUGCAGGCAAAACUAAUGAUGGAAAGCCAGUAGGGGGCAAAGUACUAAAUCAGUCCAAAACCGAAACACCAGCUGAUGAAGCCAAGAACCUUGCAUCACAAGCAGACAAAGCAAACAAACCAGAUGACAUCGAGCAAAGGAAAGAAAAGACACAAAGUCAAGAGGAGCAUGUGGAUGAAAACAACAACAAAGUGACAAAUGUUCAGGGGCAGAAGCCUGAAGGCACACUGACAACCGGCAUAGAAGAGGAAACUAAAACUCUAAAUAAAAAUGUUAUGAAACCUGCAGUCUCAGGAGAGAUAGACGAGGAGAAAGAGCCAGAAGGAAAGGACAGCAAGGAGGAAUUGCAAGUGAAAAAGGACGCCAAGAAGGAAAAGCCAGAAGGAGAGAACGCCAAGAAGGAAAAGCCAGAAGGAGAGAACGCCAAGAAAGAAAAGCCAGAAGGAGAGGACGCCAAGAAAGAAAAGCCAGAAGGAGAGGACGCCAAGAAAGAAAAGCCAGAAGGAGAGGACGCCAAGAAAGAAAAGCCAAAAGGAGAGGACGCCAAGAAAGAAAAGCCAGAAGGAGAGGAUGCCAAUGAGGAAAAGCCAGAAGGAGAGGACGCCAAUGAGGAAAAGCCAGAAGGAGAGGACGCCAAUGAGGAAAAGCCAGAAGGAGAGGACGCCAAUGAGGAAAAGCCAGAAGGAGAGGACGCCAAUGAGGAAAAGCCAGAAGGAGAGGACACCAAAAAUAGAGAAACAGGAGAUAAAACUGUUAUCUUCCCAUCUGGUAUAAAGGAUGAGGCUGAAAGCAGUCAUUUCUUUGCCUACCUUGUCUUUACAGCUGUGCUGGUGGCAGUGCUUUACAUUGCUUACCACAACAAGCGCAAGAUAAUUGCCUUUGCUUUGGAAGGAAAGAGAUCCAGAUCCACACGUCGACCUAAAUCCACAGAAUACCAGAAGCUGGAACAGCAUAUGUGAUCUCAAGUCAUUCUCUCAAAGCUAUUGCCUCGAGCAGCUGAAUACACUGGAGGUUGUGUGAGAAGUGGGCGAAUGAAUACUGGCGAUAUUUUCCUGGAGUACUCUGCAUUGAUUUCACCCUGUGUUAAAUGGACAUUCUUCUAUUUUGUACCUUUUUAGAUGCUUAUUGUAUGACUAUGCAGAUGACACUGUUGCCUUAUUGAGGGAAUUAGUGAAAUGCAGUGAGGGUAAAAUAAGCAUGCUGUUUUUGCACUUGUGUUGUUAUUCCACUUUUAAGGCAAUCUUGUAAUUUGACCUGAUUAAGGUCCUGACUCAGGAUAUUUCAGUAGCAGAUGAAAAGUAUUAGCUGAAUGGAUUCCAGACUUGUGUGUACAGUGCGUUAGUGAUUGCACUACCUAAAAUAAGUGUACCUAAAUAAGCCAUCUGAAUCUUAAAAUGUGUGUUUUAAAUGUCUAUUUGAUAAAAUGUAUCAAGAGUCCAUUUAGAUGUACACAAGUGUCAAAAUGGGAUUUCUGCUCGUGUUCACAACCAUGUGGUGUUGGCCAGAUGAAUGUAAUAGCAACCUUUAUUUUCCAAAUGAGAUGCUAGCACAGUGCUUGCUGACUUUAACUUCUUAAAGGCUGAGCCUUCAACAGGCUGAAAGGAUUAAGUCUGUACUUAAAGCAAUAGUAUAACAUUUAGCAAAAUAGGAUUAUUUGGUUUCUUGCUGAGAAGAUCAAUAUCACUCGUAUCUUUCCAGCAAAUAUUACAUUAAGGCUUCAGCCAACUGCCGGUUAGCUUAGCCUAGCAUAAGGACUGGAAACGGGGAAACAGCUAGUCUGGCUCUCUCCAAAGGUAGCUAAAUCUGCCCCCCAGCACCUUGUUAAGAGUUCACUAAUUAACACAUUAUCCUUCUUUUGUUUAAUUUGUACAAAAACUGUAAAAAAAAAAAAAAGUGUAAAAUUGAUACGUUGUAGUUUUACAGAGGCUGUGUGUUGGAGUAUUUCUUGGGCGGGAGCAUUUAUGCUAAGAUAAACUAACCAGCUGAUGACUGUAGCUUCAUAUUUAGCGUACAGAUACAACAGUGGUAUCAAUCUUCUCAUCUAACUCUUGACAAGAAAGGGAACGAGCAUAUUUCCCAAAAUGUUGGAACUAGCCCUUUAAACAACAAUUAAUUACAAUUAAGCAACUGAGGUGUUUUAACUGCUGUCAGGGUAAACAUGUAAAUGCCUCUUUAUUUAUCCAGACUGGAUGUCAAUGCGAAACAAUCCGUGUGGCGUGACUGGCGUUGUUAAAAUGUUGGUUAUCUGCAGUCAGUCUGGUUACUGUAUGGCUGCCCGACACAUCAGUGGCUUGUUAUUCCUCUUUUAGGUGAACAUUUCUAACUUGUGCCACUUGUUGCUUUGCAUUGAAACACUAGUCUGAAAUGUAGAUUGUUUUAACCUAAAAACUAGGAAAUUGGCCAACAGCUUCGUUGUUUUAACUGUUGGGAGUGCAAUAUUGGAAAAAAACAAACUGUAUUUGGGGAUAGGUUGACCACUAAUACAUUAGUUUAAAUCUUUCCUCUAGAGUAGAUGUGUUUAUGUUCCGAUGACAGACUUGUGCCAAAUUGUGAAUGAUUUUACUGUGAUUCAUUGUGUGAGUCUUGUAUUGUGCCUGUUUCCUGAAUUGAUGCUAUAUUUCUACUGGGCGGUGGUCACAAUAUAUGGAAAGCCCUUUAUGUAAAAAGGAAAAGAAAUAUAAGCCAAUUGCUUCUUGGCAGAAAGUCCAUAUUAUGUUCCAAAAAUAUGAUUUUUAUUGAAAACAGAAUUCUGCAUUUUCAUAAUCAAAUUUGUUUACAACACAUUGCUCUUUUCAUGAGUCACAUAAGUAACUGAAUUAGUUAGAAAACAUCACAAGCCAUUCUUUCAAACAGUCUGGCUUAAAUUAGCAGGUUGUCAAGAUGUUUAAUGACCAUAUAGCUAAAUAACUAAGUAUUAGGUAUUGAUUUCACUUUGUUAGGAAUGGCUCUCCAUCCAGCUGUCCUUCAAAUGUAUGAUUGCACAAAUAUGUGUGUGCAACCAAUUAAGAUGAGCAUUCAUUCUAAAAUAAAAGCUUUUUGUACUUUCUAGUCUCAAA